CCUAUGUCUUAUAAAUCUAAGAUGGUAUCAUCCUUUUAGAUCUUAGGAACCUAUUUAAUAUUUUUCCGCAAUUUUCAUCUGUGAUUUCCCACAAUGGAAGGAUACGACCAAUCUUCUCCUUCCUCUCCAACCCAUCAAUCCAUAGAAAACCACUCCAACCAAGUUUCUAGAAACCCAAGAAUUUUAGAUCUUUAUGUGAUCUACCCUUUGGCUAGUUCUGCGACUGUCCUAUUUUCUCAAUUUUUACAAGGAGACAACUACUCAUCUUGGGUUCAUGGAAUCACCAAGGCUCUGAACGCAAAAGGGAAGCUUGGGUUUGUUGAUGGAUCUUUACCUUCUCCGGCUGAUGAUGUUACUUACAAAUGUUGGAAGAGAUGUGACGACCUAGUGGGAAAAUGGUUGCUCAAUUAUGUUCAUCCUGACAUUCGAGCAAGUUGCUUGUAUGCAGCCUCCUCGUAUGUUAUCUGGAAGGAUCUUCAGCACUCAACGUCAAUCGUCAUACUCCGCAGAUGGCUCUCCACUCCUCCAGUCAUAACAAGCGUUAACGUCCCUAUUGUGACUACUUUAACCAUCAUGGUCAUGUCCGUGAGAAGCGUUAUCGUCUGCAUAGUUUUCCGUCUUCGACCAACAAUCCACCAACUAUUGCCAAUACUGCAGUCGUGCCUCAAGAUAAUCAGGCUACCCAACCAAUAAUCCAUGUACUUUCAGCUGAACAGUAUACACGCCUCCUUGCUCUUAUCAAUCCUCCCACUGAGAAUACAUCAAUGGAGUCGCAAGUGAACUUUGCAGGUAAACUUCUUACUACUGCCCUGGGAUAUAGAUAGUGGUGCAACUCUUUAUCUCAUUUUACAUCAUAUUCUCCUGUUACUAUUUUAAUUCAAAUGCAAUUACCAGAUGGUACUUUUGGUAUUGUAAAACAUACUGGUGAAGUUGUCUUCUCACCAUCUUUCAAACUCUUUAACGUUCACCAUAUCCCUGAUUUCAAAUUUAAUCUCAUAUCUGUGAGUCAAAUAUCUUGUUCUUUGAAUUGUGUUGCUCUUAUCACUCACAAUUUGUUUUUCUUUCAUGACCUACUCACGAAUCAAGUGAUUGGUCAGGGUAAACUUCUCUCGGGUCUUUACCAACUCCAAGUUUCUGCUAAACCAGCAACAUCGCG